CAACAACAACAACAACUUCAUCAACAGCAACAACAUCCUCAACAACAGCCAGCGCAAGCAUUCGAGAGCGUCGUUAUCUUCAGCGUCAACAUCGGCAACAACUCCAACAACAACAAAAAUUUUUGACUUUUUCAAAGACCCUGAAAAAGCAGCGAACGGGAACAUAUUCUGCAGGCGAACAAACAUGGCGUAUUUCAAAAGUUUGCCAUCUUACAUGUGCAAUUCAUACCAAGUCAGAACAGACGAUGAUGGUCCUUAUGGGAAUGACGAGACGAGAUGUUUUCUGCUGACGACAUUCAGCUACCUGACGAAGACUACAAUGGCCUGCGUGGUGUGUCGGAUGGACAUGCUCGUCUACGAUAAGUACCCGCUUAUCAAUGGAACCUUCUUCCUGUCAAGCGAAUCGUACGACGGAUGUGCCAUCGAACUCUCCAAACAACAACAACAACAGUACUUAAACGCGGUAUGCAUCGGCUGCAUGAACGCCAAAACUCGCAAGAUCGUCUGCAAGUUCUGUCGGAAAGAGUGGAAAGGCAACUCGCUGGUGAUCGGCAGCAUGUACAACUACGACAUCUUCGGCGCCAUGUCUUGUUGCUCGCAGCGAUUUAACUGCCGGAAGUGCGGAAACCCGACGAGAGAUUUCCCCCCGAAAGAUGGCAGGUUCUUCUGCUUUAGCGACUGCACGAAGAUGGCCACCUGUGGCAGGUGUGGUCUUGAGGCCCAGCAUUCUAUCAAGCCCCUUGCCGCUGUCUUUGAUGACGUAAUCGUUAAUAAUAAUAAUAACAAUGACAACAAUAAAAACAACAAUAAUAAUAAUAAUUUGGAAAAUAAUUCUGCGGUUGGUUGUAAGAGUGAGAGCAAGAAUGAAAGUAAACGCGAAGAUGAUUAACAGAACUGCAAGCAGAAAAUAUUGAUAGUAAAAAAAAUAAUGCUACUAAUACUGGGGGCGAAAGUAACAUUAUUUCAAUUAUGUUAUUACUAACAA